AGGAGCACAGGGUGAGGUCACUGGCUUCCAGCAAGAGAGAAGUGGGGUACAGCAGCCCCUCCUCCUCUGUGAGAGAGCCUGAGGCCUACAGAGAGAGGCCCAGUAGGUCUCCACGCUGCCCCUGCACUCCAACACAUGCUCCUCUUCUCCCAGGCGCUGGGCCCAGAGGUGGAGGAGAACGACAGGUCAACAGAUCGGUGGCUCCCAGGCACCUCGGUGAAUCUCAACCCAGACCCUAGGCCCCCAAGGCUUGUGAUCCCACAAAGUCCAGAAGGUAACACCAGGAGGUGAGACCCAGGCAUUCAUGCAGCUGGUUAGGAAAGGGCUCCUUCAGUCCCAGGCUGCCCUGCAGAGUACCAGGGUCUGCAGGUUCCUAAAAUGGGGGCCACCGCGGCCAGGUUGUUGUGGUCAUGUCUCCUGCUUCUGUUGGCCCUGCUCCACGAGUUGGGGAGUCAAGACCUCACCUGCAUGGUGUACCCAAGUGAUGUGGACUUGGCCCAGACAUUCAAUGACACCUGCCUCAAUUUCACUGGCCUUGGCCUGUCCCUACCGAGGACCCGGCCACUGCAGGCCAGCCACGUGCAGGUCCUUGACUUGUCUAGGAACGGGUUGCAGGCACUACCUGGAGCCUUCUUCGCCAACCUGGGGAAGCUGCAAACCCUAAUUGUCACUCACAACCGUCUGGCCAUUGUGGACCAGUUGCUGGCCCUGCGUUGUGACUUGGAGCUCAGGGCUGACUGCAGCUGUGGGCUGACCUCUUGGCACGAUAUUCGCCAGUACAACUGCUCUGGAGAGCAGGAGCUGCUGUGUCUGCACCCAGAUACCGGGACCCUGAGGAACCUCUCCACCUUCCUGCAGCUCAGCUGUCCCCACAGCUUGGCCCCAGGGAUCAUCGGUGCCCUUGUGGCAGGGACUAUCUUCCUGGCUAUGGCUGUCAGUGGAUCUGUGCUGGCCUGGAGACUUCGGCGACACCAAGGAGCCAGUAUCCAAGGCCUCAGCAAAGACCAGAGUUCAUACAGUGUCCCCAGACAGGUGACAGACUUCCGGGCAAGGCAUAGCAACCAGUCACCGGACACACCACCAGGCAGGUCCAUACUGGAUUAUGAGAAUGUCUUCAUGGGUGAACUGGAUGAGGACCACUCACGGGCUGCACCCAGGAACCCUUCUGGAGACACGGAUUUCUACGUGAAUUACAAGGGUACUGACCUCGACCCUCUGCCUAUCUACUGCAACCUGGAGACCCUGGGAUGGGCCCCAGCAUAGGAGGCCCCGGGCACAGAGCCCCAUGCUCCCCAGGACUCUCAACCUCAGAGGGGACACAAGGACCCUCAGGUCAGUGUGAAGGUGGUGCUUGAUAAAUGCUGUGGGCCACAUGGGGGCAAGGCCAGGAGUCCACAUCUCUAUCUUGGAUUUCCAAGUGGCUCUGUACCCAUCCAGGGCUCCCCUCCCCUCUUCGCCCCUCCCGGCCCUCCCCUCCCCUCCCCCGCGGAGCUCAGGGAUGCCGGUCAGGGCUUCUAGCCUGUGUGGUGCCCCUGCUGCUCCUUGUGCCACUUUUUCUUUCCUUCUUUCUUUCUCACAUGGCUUCACUGCUCACCAAAUAGACAUACAAACAAAUUAAAAACAAAACAAGCCCACCCAACGAACACUUCAAGGCUGUGGUGGUUGCUCUUGGUUGUCGACCUGCUACAUCUGAAAUUAACUAAAACCCAAAAGUGAGGGAACACUGUGAGGGAUUGCUGCCUAAUUCCAAGCGGGAAGAUGCACUUCUUUUUCUUCUUUCUUUUUGUUUUGUUCUUUGAGACAGGGUUUCUCUGUGCAGCCCUGGCUGUCCUUGAACUCACUCUGUAGACCAGGCUGGCCUCGAACUCACAGAAAUCCACUUGUCUCUACUUCUUGCUGGGAUUGAUGGCGUGUGCCACAAAUGUCCAGCUAGAAGAUCCACUUCUAGUCGGAAUCUUUGAGAUGUCAGACACAUGCUUUUGAUCUAGAUCUUGAAGUGGGAAAACACGCCUUUAAAUCUGGGCCACAACUUCAGCUGGAAAUCUAAUAGGACAUAGAAGAAGGAAAAUUUUGCUUUGUCUGCUUGCCCUCAACUUGCUAGCACAUCCCUGGCAUCAGAACCUACUUCUUCAAGACUUCAGUAUAUACUGAAGACCAGCUGAGACAUCUAGCCUUGUAGACUGAACAACUACUGGAUUCUUUCUGUUCACAGCCUGCCAUUGUUGAUUACCUGGACUGCAGCCUGUAAAUCCUUCAAUAAACCCUUUCCCUAUG